AUGGUACCAACUCCGCAAGAACUACCAGCGUCACGGCAGGGCUUAGAGGAUGGCAGCAAAUCCGGUGAAAGGGUGGUCAUCUCAGGCAUGUCUGGCCUCUUUCCAGACUCCCACCAUGUCAAGGACCUUGCUGAUAUUCUCUAUAAUAAGAAGAAUCCCAUUUCGUCAAAUCCACGCUGGAAGUACAAUCAUCCAGAAGUGGCGCAGUAUACGGGCAGAGUGCCGAAUCUGGAGUUAUUUGAUGCUCAGUUCUUCAAGGUGCACUAUAGACUCGGUCACACGAUGGACUCGAUGGCUCGCAAAAUACUCGAACAAGCGUAUCAAGCUAUUUACGACGCUGGCGUGAGCCCGGAACACCUCUCUGGGAAGAAAGUUGGGGUUUAUGUAGGAACUUGUUUCUCUGAAAGCGAAAAAACUUGCUUCUACGUUGCAAGCACCAGAACCGGCUUCGGGAUCGCGGGAUGUAACAAAUCAAUGUUCGCGAACCGCAUUUCCUACUGGCUGAACGCCAAGGGUCCCUCGAUGUCCAUCGACGAAUCUUGCUGCAGCUCCAUAGCGGCCCUUGAGCAAGCCUAUUUGGCGCUAAGUCGCGGUGACUGCGAAGCGGCCAUUGUUGGCGGUGGCAAUGUCUGCUUACAUCCUCAAUCGUCAGUGCAUUACGGAAGGAUCAUGAACAUUAGCAUGGAUGGAAAAACAAAAUCUUUUGAUGAAAAUGCCUCUGGUUGCGCAAAAUCUGAAGCCAUUAAUGUUCUUUUUCUACAGAAAGCUAAAGAUGCAUUAAGAAUUUAUGCCGACGUCAUUCACGUAAAAAGUCAGUUCACUUCUCUUUUGGAGGGCAAGUCUGGUCCGAGAUUCGGCUUCUAUCGUGACCCUGUGAACAUGGCCGAGUUUCUAAACAAUUUCUAUAAAGAGGCUAGAGUUCCACCUCAGGCCGUCGAGUAUGUUGAAGCCUUCGGAUCAGCUGUACCUGAAGCUGAUAAAGCUGAACUAGAAUCUCUCGAUUCUGUUUUCUGCAAGAACAGAAACAAUGAACUGCUUGUUGGCAGUGUCAUGUCCAAUAUCGGUUAUGGUGAAGCAGCAUCGGGGAUAUCUGCAGUGACCAAAGUCCUUUUGGGUUAUCAUAGCGGCACAUUGGCGGCAAAUCUGAACUGUGAAAAUCCGAGACGCGAUGUGGCCGCAUUACGCGAUGGUCGCAUGCGCAUCCUUACCGAGCAUCAUAAAUUCGGCAGAACCUACGCUGCCGUUAAUGGCUUAGCUAUCACAGGAGUCAACGCCCAUAUCCUGUUGCAUGGCCAUUACAAAGCAAAGGACCUUUCACGCUACAAGUCCGAUAUUCCACAUUUGGUAACUAUUUCCGCAAGACAGGACUUUUCGGUAAAGAACGUUCUAGCCAACCUAAAAUCCCGUCCCAUUGACCCUGAGGAACUUGCUCUGCUACACAACAUUCAUGAAACGAGAAUUUCUGGCCAUCUCGGAAGAGGUUUCAUUAUUCUUGAUACCAAUCAAGAGCAGCAGACAGUGAGUCUAUGUGAGAAGGCCGAUUACUUCGAUGAUGCGCAGCGGCCUCUGUGGUUCGUGUACAGUGGCAUGGGUUCGCAGUGGGUCGGAAUGGGCACACAGCUCAUGCGCAUCCCAAUCUUCGCAGCCGCCAUUGAACGGUGCCGUAGGGUAUUGGAACCUAAAGGCGUCGAUAUCGUUAAUAUAAUUACUUCUCCGGAUAAGACAACGUUCGACAACAUACUCAACUCCUUCGUCGGAAUAGCUGCUAUACAAAUUGGACUUACCGAUAUCCUACGUCAUAGUGUUGGUGAACUGGGGUGUGCAUACGCGGAUGGCUGUUUCACCGCGGAGGAAAUGAUAUUAGCCGCGUAUUAUCGUGGGCUUGUGUCAGUUCAAACCCCUUUCAUUCGAGGCUCCAUGGCUGCCGUUGGUAUUGGAUAUCAGCAGGUUUUAAAGAUGUGCCCGCCAGAGAUAGAAGUAGCUUGUCAUAACGGUCCAGAUUCCAGUACAAUAUCUGGCCCAGCAAAUGUUAUGAGGGAAUUCGUGGCCGAGCUUACAUCCAAACAAAUAUUUGCUAAGGAGGUUCCAUGUUCGAAUAUUGCAUAUCAUUCGAGGUACAUCGCUGAAGCAGGUCCGGAACUAUUGAAAUAUUUAAAGGAAGUCAUCAAGUCACCGAAACCGCGCAGCGAGCGAUGGUUAUCGACUUCUGUUCCGCAAGGAAAGUGGAAUGAACCCAGUGCAAAAUACUCUUCGGCAGAGUACCACACAAAUAAUCUGCUUAAUUCGGUGCUGUUCGAAGAGACCUCCAGACUGAUACCGCCCAAUGCUGUGCUAGUGGAAGUAGCGCCGCACGGCUUGCUGCAAGCCAUUCUUAAGCGCUCCCUGCCAGAUUCAUGUCGCCACGUGCCUCUCACGCGUCGUGGUCACGCUGACAAUGUGCAGUUCUUACUGGAAGCCAUUGGGAAGCUGUACAUGGAAGGUUACAAUCCUAAAGUACAAGCGCUUUAUCCGAAAAUAGAAUUUCCCGUAUCUACUGGGACACCAUUCUUGUCCCAUUUGGUAGAAUGGGCUCAUCACGAGAGAUGGAACAUACCGUUGUAUGUGUCAGCGCACAGAAAAGUUGCGGCUUCGUGUAAAUUUGUAUACUCGAUUCAUGACUUAGAAAAUGAGUACUUAACAGGAAACAUUCUCAGAGGAAAGAAUACGUUCCCGUUUGCUGCAGCCUUGGUCGCUGCUUGGGAUAUACUAGCGAUGACAAUUGGAGUUCCCAAAAAGCAGAUGUCAGUUCAAUUUCAAGACGUAAAGCUUUAUUCACAGCCAAUUUUGCACAAUCAGCGUCAGCUACGUCUUUUUGUGUCCCUUCACAGAGGAACUGGCCUGUUUGAGAUCAUGGAUGAAAAUACUAAAGUUGCAACAGGAUAUAUUGUGGGGGAGGUAGUCGAUACCCACCCAUUCUCUAAAGAAUUUACCUCAUCCGAAGAAUUGAGUUUAAAAUGUGAAGAUAUCUAUCAAAUACUAUGUAAGAGAGAUUACGACUACAGGGGCGAAUUUCAAAGCAUCUAUAGUGCUAACAAAUCCCUGACCGAAGCUCAGUUGUAUUGGCGCAACAACUGGGUGACUUUAAUUGACGGAUUGCUGCAGCUAAGUGCUUUAAGGCACCAAUAUGAAUCUGUAUCGGAGCCUACUCACAUAAGAAAAAUCAUCAUCGAUGUCGAAAAGCAUUUAAACAGCCAGAUAACUCCGAUAGGCGAUAAAAAUGUCAUGAAUGCUCACGUUUUCCAAACUUACAAUUUAGUCAGAUGCGGUGGUGUUGCAAUAGAAGAUGUGAAAUUCCGUUACGUACCUAUUCCUUCAGCGGAAAUAAAAUUAAUGGCCUCUCAAUUCGUACCAUUCUUCCAACAAGCGGAAUCAGAUAUUGCAACAGCUCUACUAGUAUAUUUGCAAAUAGUAGCUGAAAACCUGAAUAAAACAUUCAUAAAUAUAUUAGAAUUAUAUGACAAUGGGAACGAUCACUCGCAUUUCAGCAGUGUCAUAGAAAGUUUUGGUAACAUACCUAAUAUCGACAUUCAGCACAAAACAAUUCAUAAGAAGAAGGUUUUAGAAGAACGCGUUCACUUUUUAACAGAUGUGGAUUUACUAUUAGUUAAAGAUCUGUCAAGCGACGACAAGUUAUGCCAAACACUAUACCGCGUUCUUUGCCGGAACACGUUUUUAUUAAGCAAUGAGACUUGCGUGGCGGGUUCAGCACUGAACAGGCCUUCAGCACUUUACCGUGUUGUUAGCUCGCAGCGUGUUAAAGGCCAGCGCCUAGAACUGCUGCGCUGGAGACCUACGUCUAGCGCAGCUGCUACAAGCGCGUUCACCGUGCGAUCAACUUCAGAUCUCGCUAUGCUGUCUUCUACGCUGGCGGCGUUACCGCAGCGACACAAGUUUAUCGUUAUCACGCCCUACCCUGCUGUAGAUGGACUGAAGCAACUCGUUCAGAAGUGGAGGAAGGACCGCAGCCAGAUUUACGUGGUUAUGAUCAAUCAUAAAAUUGCGGAAGACCAGAGUAUGAAUCAGCUGCCGAAUUUAGAUUUAACGUUUAACGUGUUGGAUUGUGGACGCUGGGGCGGUGUACACUUCGUGCCUUUACAGAAAAAAAAUACUGCAUUAUGUGAUAUAUCCCUAAAAUGUUCCCAAGUCGGAGACUUUAACUCUUUACAUUGGGUUGAAAUUCCCAAUGUUGAUGGCGAUGGUGUAAAAGUAUCAGUACAUUACGCAGGCAUAAACAAUAUUGAUGUCAAAAGGUGUGCUGGAACCAUUCCACACGAUGAAAAUGACAGUAGCUUUGGAAUGGACUUUAGUGGCAUAACUGAACGCGGGGAGCGUGUGAUGGGCUUAGUCAGUGGUGGCGCGGCGAGUUCUUGCGUUAUAGCGCGGCCUGAACUACUUUGGCCAGUACCCGAGUAUUGGGACCUAGAAGCAGCGGCAACCGUGCCCCUCGCAUACUGCCUCGCAUUUUACUGUCUCUCUAUUCGAUACAAGCUUUAUCGUGGGAUGACCGUGCUUGUUCAUGGCGGUGCGGGAGCUUUAGGUCAAGCAGUGAUAUCGGUUGCUUUAGGAAACGGUUGCAAAGUUUUCACUACCGUUAGUGAUUACAGUAAAAAGAGGUUCCUGCGAAAAUUGUAUCCCGAACUUAACGAAGACCAAAUUGGUUAUUCACGUGACCACACUUUUGGUGACGAGGUAUUGACGGCUACAAGUGGUAAUGGUUGCGAUAUCGUAAUAAGUUGCGUUCCAGAUGCCCUUAAAAAUAUAUCAAUCAACUGUACAGCAGCUUCUAGCGUAACGUUUGAUUUAACCCAGAUAAUAUCACGUGACAACUUUUACUACGGAAUGUAUAAUAUGACCAAAGACAGAAGUUAUAUCGCCAUAGAUUUUAGACAAGCUCUUAACCAAGGAAUUACUGAUGAUCUUAAGAAGCUGCAACUGUUGGUGACAGAGGGCAUUAAGCGCGGUUACGUGAGGCCCCUAUCACGAGUGGUAUAUUCUCCAUUCGACGCACCUCGCGCCUUCAGACUUUUGGCCGCGAGCCGACACCGUGGUCGUGCUCUUCUUCAAAUGCGUGCAGACGCCAAAGGCGGACUUGCGCCGCAACCUGAACCCAGGCUGCAUUGUGCUCCAGAUUCAAGUCACCUUAUUUUAUGCAACAAUAACUAUUUCGGCCUACGACUUGUUGAGAGGCUGGUGAAACGUGGAGCUAGAAAAAUUUACUUGCAGGGCUUGAAUCCUUCUCCCUACCUUGAUUAUGAAAUUCGACGUCUAAGAGAACUAGGAGUCGAUGUCAGCAUUAUUACGAAAUCUUUGGAGUGUAAGAACGACGUUAAUACCCUUGUAAAUAAUUGCAUUAACUUAGGACCUGUUGAAGGUGUUUAUUUGAUUGAAAUAACGGAGCAACAACCUUCUAGAUCAUUUAAUAUUAUACAAGAGUUAGAUUUAGUCACAAGAGAAUUGUGCCCUCGUUUGAAGUAUUUCGGAGUGAUCAACAGUAGUUUGGAUGAUGGUCUACUCACGUGUAUCAGCAGAUCGCAAGAUAAAUUACCAGUGACUAAAAUAAAUUUGCCAUCAAUCGUGAAGAUGGGAAAUAUGAUUAAAACGCCAGAUACAAUUUCUGAAGCAGAUGCCAUUGAUUCUUUUGAAUAUGCCUUGAAAUGUAACGAACCUAUUUUACUUGCUUACGUACUCGCCAAGAAAUCCCUAUCUCUUUUAGAAGAAAUUGCAUGUAUUGCAGGGAUUGAUAUACCAGAAGAAGCUGCUGAAACAGCCACUCUAACAGACUUGUAUGUUGGAUCGGAUAAAAUACAAAUAAUUUGUAGUUUUCUCCGCGAUAAUCAUAAUAUAUCUCUAUCCGAAGAAGAUAUACCGAAGUUAACAAUUCAAAGAAUAAGAGAAAUUCAACUAACCAUGACUGAUUUGGAAUUUAAGGAGACAAAAGGAUUGGCAACGUUUUAUUCGUAUGUAGACCCUGACGAACUUCUUGUGACGACCGAGAUGAUGUUUUUGCCAACAUUAGUGAAUAGUUCAGCAAUGCGCGAUGAUGAAUUUGAUGUGACGCAAACAUACUUGUGCCUCAUCCCUGGUCUGGAGGGUCAUCAUGGGCGUUUCCACACUCUGUGUGAACGGCUGAAGGUACCGGCGAUCGUACUACAGCCUGGACUCGAGACGCCCGAUGAAAGCGUUUCCGAUCUGGCAAAAAGAUACGCCGAGAUUCUUUUAAGGAAGACCUCGCUCAAACGAACAUUCUACCUAAUGGGAUAUGAAAGUGGAGCUCUGGUGGCGUUAGAAAUGGCUGCUAUACUAGAAGAACAAGGAUUGACGGGCACAGUGUUCUGCAUUGGAGAAUCGCCGGAUAAAUUACAUGAAACUCUUAACAAAGAACUCGAGGAGUACGAUGGCGAUGAUGCAUUGCAAAUUGCAAUUGCGAAGCACAUGUUUAGUUUGAUGGUGGGUGGUAAUACUGAUGGUCUGGAAGAUGAGCUGCGUGGUGCCAAAACAUGGCCAGAGAGGAUUGAAGCCUGCGUGCGGUCAAUUUUGGGCAGAGUGUCGCAUUCCGCACAGUACGCGCGGGAAUUAAUUGAGUGCGCAUAUGGAAGGAUCAAGCAAGUUCAGGCCUACAGAUUGACUCCACGAGCACUGCGCUCCAAACUGAUUUUGAUUAUUCCCGCGUCGUCACUUGGAAGCUCUGAGAAUUCCAUGCAGCGCUAUUCCCAACAACCCGUCACUGUUUACCACCUUCACGCACCAUUGGCAUAUUCUGCGGCGGAUUUGCGUUGCUCCGCUAUAAUUAACACUCACCUGGAUUCCGAGUUAUUGGAGGCUUUCGAAAGGAAAAAUCUAUGCGACACUUACCUGCUUAAUGCAGAUACAUUCAUGACUAUGGAUCCGACUUAUGCCUCUAACUAUGAA